AUGGGACUAGACACGCCCACCGAAAAAGAUAUACAAACGAGUAGCGACUCACCGAGUCAUGACCACGAGGCCGGCGAGAUUGCCAGUGUCGGCGAACGCGAUGAGCUACACCAUCUCGGCUAUGAGCAGGAGAUGCGCCGGAAUCGAUCGGUGAUCACUCUACUCUUCCAAUCGCUCGCUAUCGCAGCCAUUCCCUACGGUGAAGGCAGUGCCUUGCUCAGCGCCAUCUACGGCGGCGGUCCACUCUCCAUCUUCGUCGGAUGGAUAGUCGUCUGCGUACUCGAUCAAUGCAUCGCAAUGUCUCUCGCCGAACUGGCCUCACGCUAUCCAACCUCCGCAGGCCCCUACUACUGGUCCUUCCAAAUCGCACGAAGCAGCAAAACAACCGUCUCCUUUAUCAAUGCCUGGAUCUGGCUCAUAGGUAACUGGACCAUCACCCUCUCCGUCAACUUCGGCUUCGCAUCCAUGGUCUCCGCCACAAUCUCCAUGUACCAUCCCGACUGGAGCGCGAACUCCUGGCAACUCCUCCUAAUCUUCUACGCCGUCUGUCUGGGCAGUCUCGUCAUCUGCACUUUUGCAAACAAGUACCUUCCCCAGGUAGACAUUGCCUGUGCAGCCUGGACCGCUCUAACUAUCAUCGUCAUCCUAAUCGCCGUCUCCGUCAAAGCCGAUGUAGGCCGUCACUCCGCCUCCUACGCCCUAUCCUACUACGAUACCUCCUUCGCUGGCUGGGGCAACUUCACCUUCUUCAUCGGCCUCCUCCCAGCAGCAUACACCUUCUCCGCCAUCGGCAUGGUCUCCUCCAUGGCCGAAGAAGUAGCCCAACCAGCAAUUAAAGUACCCAGAGCAAUCGCCCUGGCCGUACCCGUCGGCUUCAUCGCAGGCCUCUUCUUCAUCAUCCCGUUAACAGUCACCCUGCCCCCUCUCGAAGAUAUAAUCAAUUCCCCCGGCGGCCAGGCACUCCCCUACAUCCUACACCGAGUCAUGGGCUCCCCUGGCGGCGGGUUAGCCCUCGUCUUCCUCGUCCUCGUAAUCACCCUCUUCUGCAGCAUAAGCAUCACCGUCGCCGCAAGCAGAGCAACCUGGGCCGCAGCCCGGGACGACGCAAUCCCCCUCGCCAAACUCUGGGCCCGCGUCCACCCCCGUCUCGGCGUCCCAGUCUGGUCCCUCGUUCUCCUCACGAUAAUCCAGAUGUUACUCGGUUUAAUCAAUCUGGGCUCGACGAGUGCGUUUACCGCAUUCGUGUCUGUAGGUGUUAUCGCGCUUGCCGCCGCUUACGCUGUUCCUAUCGCGUUGAGCUUGUAUCAUGGGCGCGAGGAGGUGUCCAGGGCGCCGUGGAAUUGUGGCAAGGUUGUGGGUGUGACUGUUAAUGUGCUUGCGUUGGCGUGGAUUGCGUUCGAGUUGGUUUUGUUUAGCAUGCCGACUGCUUUGCCGGUGACACCCGUUUCGAUGAAUUAUGCGUCUGUCGUGUUUGUUGGUUUUAUGGCUAUUUCGGCCGUUUGGUAUGCUGUUUAUGCUAGGAAGCAUUAUAAGGGUCCGCCCGAGUCGGAUGCGUUGUAG